UCAACUGAUUGCUUGAAGUGCGGUCACUUUCUGCUAUCCUCUCUCUCUCUCUCUCUCUCAUCUUCAUCUUCAUCAUCUUCAUCUUCAUCUUCAUCAUCAGUGUGUUUGGGUUGAUGCUUCGUGAAUAGCGUCGGGGGUUCCUAGGUGGGUUUCUUCGAGUCGGGAAUCGAGAAGGAGGGAGCCUCCCACCGUCCCCUUUUGGCAAUGCCGAAGAGGAAGCAACGCGAAGUCCUGGUCGUCGACGAUUUCUGUGCUGCUGCAGGGACAAAUAGGAGACGGAACCAUAAUUCUACCUUUUCCAAGCACCCAAAUACGUUAGACACCGAUAAGUUUGAGUGUUGUUUCAGGAAUAUAUGGCGGGAUCUUUCAGAAGAUAAGAAGGCUUCGUUCACUUUUAUGGACAGCCUGUGGUUUACCCUGUACAUGAGAGAAUCAUCAAGGGAAAAGGUGCUGAAGUGGAUUAAGAAGGAGUGCAUCUUCUCCAAGAAAUAUGUUGUCAUACCCAUUGUUUGUUGGAGUCACUGGAGUCUCUUGAUCUUAUGUCAUUUUGGCGAAACAAAAUCAAAGGCCAGAACACCAUGCAUGAUAUUGCUUGAUUCACUGCACAUGGCAAACCCUAAAAGACUGGAACCUGCGAUAAGAAAGUUUGUAGUGGACAUUUAUCAAGCUGAAGCCAAGGAGAGACCAGAAAAGAAAUGGGCAAUUUCUCAGAUUCCGCUCUUGGUGCCUAAGGUACCGCAACAGAGAAAUGGGGAGGACUGUGGCCGUUUUGUUCUUUACUUCACCAGUCUAUUUGUUGAGAAUGCUCCAACGAAUUUCAGUACAGAUGAUGGCUACCCAUACUUUAUGAAAGAGGACUGGUUUCGUCCUCAGGACUUGGAUAAUUUUUGCAGUAGACUUAGAUUAUAAAACUGAAUAUUGUGGAUGUGGAAGACUUGGCCCAUAGUGAAUUAUGUAAGAAUGUAGCACGUCCGUAACAGGGAAUUUCUUUUCUAGAAUGUCUAGAUUAGGUCUGAUUGGAUUGACAAUAUUAUAGUGGUUGGAUGAGUUACAGGCAUGCCUUACUGGAUGUGUUCUCUCUCACAUAAUUUCUAUGGACAAUAUUGAUGGCUAUACUGUGAUUUGACAGACCAAUAAUUCUUUGUUGCAAUGUAAAAUUCCUUGUCUAUGCAGGACCACCUGCAUGUGUGUUAUUGUGGAUUGAAAUCGUGACAAUCAGAAUGCUAGUGGACACUUAAUAAUAAUGCUGCUGAAUCUCAUGCUUUAUGUUGCCUGUAUCUGAUAUUCAUUAAAUGAUACAUUGUUGAAAUUAGCUCCUCUUACAUAGUAACUUAAAAGGAGGAAAUGGGUGACGUGUUCCAAUCAAGCAUGUCUGUGCUCUUAACCAGAGCAAAAACAGUGUGGCAUUAUGCCUUAUGCAAUAAUAGGCAUUGAAACAUCUUAAGGUGCCAUUGUCUAACCAUGAUCUGGAGAACUUCCUUUUUGGGGAAGAGCAGUAUAUCUGUAAUGAUAAAUUAUAAAGGUGGAUAAACACCCAAAUUAUAUUUCAAAGGUAGAUGCAAGUCAUAGUUUGAAGAUGUAGAUUUUAGCAAACGUCCAUGGGAAGAAUCAUCAUUGGUGUAACUUAGGAGACUGGCAUAUCCCUAUCCUGAAAGAGUAUGGAGGAAGAGAAGAUCUGAGUCAUUUGCAAGAUUAUUCUGAUCUAUGAAGAUGCAUGAAUAUGGGCAUGGAUUGGUUGAGGAGAAAUCGCAGCAGAAAGAGACGACUUGAAUCCAUUUUUACUUGAAUCUCGAGUUUUCAUCUAUUGAACAGUUGAAGUUUCAAGAAUUGCCUAGAAACUUCCAACUACUGUCAGCCACUUCAUCAAAGAGAAACUUGAGGGUCUUGUUGUUCUUGCUAGUUGAACUCUUUAAGAAGUGACAGAUUCAUCAGUGAACAUUGGAUUGAUUGGAGAUAUUGAGUUACAUAUGGCUUGUUGUGGGCUUCAUAUUUAUGAUCAUUGUAAAUCUCAGCAUCUCUGGAGGUUCAUUUUGCACUGUAUUUUGAAUGGAUUCCUUAUGUGCUUUACA